AUGUCUUACUUCUCCAAUCAGUCCAACUCUCGUUUCCUCGCAAAUUCUAGUGGCAACAACUCCAGCGCGGCCUCAACCACCUCCAACGCAACAAGCUCUUCCCUUCCCUCCAACAACGACUCUGCAGCCACCAAGCCCCGGCAGCCGUCCUCCAAGCUUUUUUCUACCUCUAUAUAUUCACCCCAGCCACUGAAAGGACACUUUAUCACUCCGAGCGGCGUUCAUCCUCUCAAAAAUACCUGGAUCUUCUGGUUCCGCCAGCAACGCACCCCGGGAAAUAAAAUCGUCAGCUACGAAGAAGGCAUAAAGAAAAUAUCUGCCUUUGCUUCAGUAGAAUCAUUCUGGACUUUGUGGACGCACUUGGUGCCACCCUCGGCCCUUCUUCCUACCACGGAUUAUCUUCUCUUUCAUACCGGUAUACGCCGACCAAUAUGGGAGGAUCCUCUUAACAUCAAUGGAGGAAAGUGGAUUAUUCGCCUGAAGAAAGGCGUAGCCGAUCGGCUUUGGGAGAAUCUGGUAUUGGCUGUCGUUGGCGACCAAUUCGAUGAAUGCCGGCAGCCUGAAGAUGGUAACCCCGUGACAGAUGGGGAAAGCUCUGGAGAACCAAACGAGAACGAUUCUGUUUGGCCAGAGAUCUGCGGAUGCACUAUAAGCGUUCGACAAAGCGAAGACAUCGUCACUCUCUGGAAUCGUGUAGACGCCGACAAGAAAGUCAGAGAAAGGAUUAGGGACACGAUACGGAAAGUGCUAGACCUACCUGCUUCAACGAUUAUGGAAUAUAAAUCCAAUAAUGACUCCAUGCACGACCGAUCUAGUUUCCGGAAUUCUGCUAUCGAUCGAACGCCCCUCCCUUAG